ACUUAAUGUGCUAACUCCAUUCACAAGCACUCGUCCAAAAGCAAGAAUAUGGGUGCAGUGAUUCUACACUCAAAGCAUAUAUGCCAAAGCAAACCUAAUAGCAAAGAAAACCAAGCUUUUUACUUCUUAUAUAAACCAUUAUUGGAGACAAGGAGAGGGAUAGAGAAAGACAUGGAGUGGUUCUACACUAAGAGGAGGGGUCCAGAGUGGAAACAAGGGUGGACAGGCCAGACCCUUGGCUCCAUUUCCACCCCACCACUCCAUUUGCUCACCAUUUUUGGCAUUGUUAUUGUCUUGCUCUGGCUUUCUCAAUCCACAGACUAUAAGGCCCAGUUGAAAUACACAACAGUCAACUUCCAACUUUUCAUUUUCUUGUUGCCCAUUCUUUUGAUACUCUUCAUGGCUGCAUAUUCUACCGGCGGAAGGUUCCACUUUCCUCUCUUGCGCUCGGAGUAUGAGUCGGUUCAGCGAGCUGGUGGCUUGCCUUGGGGCAUUGCCAUCUUGGUGGUGGUGCUUCUGCUGUUGCUUUCUUACCAAUCAUCGUUUCAUUCCCAGUGGUUUGGACCUCUUUGGAGGUGACUCUAGUUAUACUUGCAAAAGAAGAAACAUCUUGUAAAAUGUUUGCUGUAAUGCUCUUGUCUAUAUGUUAGAUUUAACGUGCAAUGUGUUGCUCUUUGUGGAGCAAUUCUAUUUUACCUAUACAAGAAUUAUUAGUGGAAAAUUGAUGUAAUAUCUUUUUAUCAACCCCAUCAUUGAAUUGUUUUGGUUUUCUACAAAAUCUAAUUUAUAAAGUGGGGGCCUUGUGGUAGAAUGAGAAUGUUGCUAGGAUAUUAUAGCUUUUAUUACAAGAAUUUUACAAACUUACGUAACAAUAC